UAUGGGAGGUACUCAGUGGCAAUUUGUCCGCCAUGAUGAAAAAAUCGAAAAUUUGAAGAAAUUUUCUAACUUCGGACGCUUAUUGUGUAUUACCUAGAGGAAUUGUUUGUAAACUAAGUAUACUAUACAAAUGUUGGCCCUCUAAUCUUUCACUAGAUACUGUUUAGGUUCGCCUAGAACCUCAUGUUACGUGUAUUUUUGCAAAAAUCUUGUUAGUGACCGGGACAUUUGCAUAAAAGCAGGUCAUUUCAAGAUGAGCAAGGUAACAUUUCGGGCCAGGGCGCUGGACGCCACUCGGCCAAUGCCAGUGUAUAAAGCAGAUGACAUACCAGAUCUUCCGGACUUUGCAACAAUCAACAGAUCGGUGCCUCAGAUGCCGACUGGGAUGGAAAAAGAGGAAGAAACGGAACUUCAUCUUCAAAAAGCUUUGUGCGCGCAACAGGCAUAUGGCACAUCAGAAGGCCUUAAUAUUCCCAUUCCAGAUGUGGAUGACACGGCAGAGCGCUGUGAUGGACUCUACAAGACUGACUUCAAGCAGCCUAAACAGUUCAUACAUGUGCAAGCAAUUGGGAUGGACCAAGAGAUUCCGGACUAUGAUAUGGACUCUGAAGAUGAGAACUGGCUCAAUGAACAAGCAAAGAAAAUGGAGAUUACGCCUCUCAAGUUUGAAGAAAUGAUGGACAGGCUUGAGAAAGGCAGUGGUCAACAGGUUGUCACUCUGCGGGAAGCCAAAUGUCUUCUUAAGGAAGAUGACGACCUCAUAAUUGCUGUCUACGACUAUUGGCUCAACAAACGUCUCAGAACACAAUAUCCUCUUAUACUGAGCGUUAAAACAGAGAAAAGAGACGGUUCCACUUCAAACAAUCCAUAUGUUGCAUUUAGACGCAGAACCGAAAAAAUGCAGACAAGAAAGAACCGGAAAAAUGAUGAGACGUCGUAUGAGAAAAUGCUGAAACUGCGGCGUGAUCUCAGCAGGGCAGUAACUUUAUUGGAGUUUGUGAAAAGACGAGAGAAGAUGAAGAAAGAGAUGCUUCAGCUUGCAAUAGAGAUAGCAGAGAAGAGGUAUAACUUAGAGGACUUUGAAGGGAACAAUUUGAGAGAAGCAGAGUCUAUACGACACAAGUUACCUCCCUUUGUAUCCCCAUACACCUGGAAAGACUGGAAUACUGGGGAAGAUGUUUCAGUUGGCAAGAAGAAACGAGAAUAUAGAAAGCGGAAACACAAAACUUCAACAUCUCAACCACCAAGCGCCAACUCAAAUGCUCAACCAGUGUACACCAGCACUGACCUGGGAAUGCUGCAAUCUGAUCUCUUCAGUUCUGAUGAUGAAGUACUUUCACCGAUGUCUCCAUCUGAUCAGGAGGAUGAAAAUGACCCAGAUGGACUCUUUGCAUUCAAGAGAAAAAAGAACUGUGCCUAUUAUGCACCUAUUCUAGACCGGUUAGGUAACUGGCCAUGGUGCAGUCCAGAGGAGGGUGGUAUCGGGGAAAAGCGGUUCCGUUACUCGCUCACCUCCCUCUCACAACCACAGAGGUGUGUCGGCUUUGCACGGAGACGGGUUGGCCGAGGUGGCAGAGUAUUACUUGACCGAGGUUUUUCUCCUUGGGAUGAUGGCUUACACCAAGCUGAUCUUUCCAAUUCGGGGGUUAUAGGCGACUACAUUACUUACAUUAAGGAACAAAAAAUCUCACAUUUCCGACCUCACUCCCCUCCCCCGGAGCUGGACACUAGUCGCCAACACCACCAUCCCUUGGCUGGAGGCUCCUUUGCCGCCUCAGACAGCGAAUUUAACAUGGACCACUUCACCUCACAUCAGGAGCAACUGAGGCAAAUGCAGCGUGAGCAGCAAGAACAAUUACUCCGACACCAGACAAGUGAUCUCGAUGCCUCGUACCCGGGCCUAGAACAUUCCUUUUCUUCCCAGCCCACCUCUCGGUUUACCCUCGACACGGCGAGUGCAAAGUUUGCAGUGUCUGCUGUGAUGAACUCGCCCCAAGUGCAUCAGCAGCAGAGUGCUACGUCGACCGCCUCCAUUAAUGGUGCUUCUUCUAUAGUUACAUCCUCGGUGAAUCUUCUCAAUGGGCCAAUCACCACCAUUGCUGAUAACAAGCUCCAAGGUCUUUCAACAUCACCAGCGGCAGACAUCCUGCAGCUGAAUCUUCCAUUGAACAACAACAACAAUCAGGUCAUCACCACCUCCAUCCUUCCAUCUUCAACAUCACAUAUACUGGUCAGUCAGUCUACAAGCGGUAAAGGACUUGCUACAGGGCUUACAGUGUCUGGCAUCCUGCCUGCUUCAUUACCGGCUCUUCAGUCAUCAUCAGUCUCCUCCGCUACCGUCCAGCCUAGCGUUUGCACUGUGCUCACUACCAUUAACAAUCUGGCUGGGAAAAAUAACUUCACUGCAGCAAACUUGUACCGACUCACUGAUCAACAGAAUACAGUCCUUCAGGCUUCCAUCAAACAGAAUCAUGAAGACACAAAAACCCUCAACAACCUCAGUUUAGACAAAGUUCUUCCGAUGGACGUCACGUGAGAGGAGUGUUUGAAUCUAGUCAUCAUUAACAUUAUUAUCACUCAGACAGACAUAUGUGUUAUCACUCAGACAGUCAUAACGUGUAAAUGUUCUCGAGUUUGCCAAAAACGAAUGACCACAAAGUUGCUGCCUGAAAGCGGGUGAAACUGAUGGUUAUUAAUGAAAUUAUUUAAAACUUCACUGCCGUUCCAUGGUACAGUGUGAAAAAAUGUGGAAGAUGAAGGUGGUUGUGAAUCUGUUUAAUUCAGCUCAUAUUCUUGGUUUGUAUUUGGCUCGUCUAACUUCCAUUUCAACAUUAGGCAUAGCCUAUACGAUCAAUGACUGUGUUCAAUAUAAACUUAAAACUUUGUUUACUAGUAUACUGCUUAACUUGAAAUUAGGAACUAACAUAAAUUCCAUUAAAUUAAAAGACAGUUCUUAUGGGAAUAAGAUGGGUCAUGAUCACUGUAAUUUCAUCAGAAAUUGAAGCCAAAGUCUUUCUCAUGUUUUGUUUUUAUAUCUAGCAAUUCUUAUCAUGAUUAUGCUUAUUGUUUGUAGUUGGUUUAUCAAAAUAAUCAAGUAUUUUGUACUUCUGACUUCAUUGCAGACAGGGUAGCUCGUUAAGUUGGGACCAUUAAGGUUAGCUUACACAUAAGUGUUAAACUGUGAUGUAUCAUGUGCACAUUGAACCUGUUAUUAAACUACAAAGGCAAUGAGGUAAUAAGAUAAUUUAGUUCUUUGUAUCCAGGUCUUGUGAGGUAAUGAGGAAGUGUUGUAAUGAUCAGAAAUACUUUCUACUAAUAUAUUUAUGAACUGUAUUGAUUGUUCAAGCAAAUGUUAUGAUUUUAAGAAAGACUUACUAAUAAUGCUUGUAUUUUUACUAAUUAAUAUAUUUGCAGUGCUAAGAAAGAACACAUAGCUACCUCAGUGUUUGAAAUCCAGGACUUGUAGUGUACAAAGAAAGAUUUCAAUUGUAAAUUGCCUGCAAACUUGGUAGAGUUUCGCUUGUUGUCAGUUUGAAAAUCGUGCAAAUUGUUAAAGAUUGAUAUUGUCAGGAUUUUUAAUUUUGCUUUUGUCACUAGCUAGAACCAGUUCUUGUGUAUUGAUCAUGUUACUAAUUAUCUUGAGUUUUUAUUUGAAGUUUCAAGUGUUGUUACCUAUUGUUUACCAACUUAUCAAAAGAAUAUAGAUGUCAUACUUUAUUAUUAUUUAUUGGCGAUGUUAAAAAUGAUGUCUUUGUACUUAUAUUUUUUUUUUAUAAAGAUUAAGAUUUUUUUUAGUCAAGAGUGAAAUAACAAUGUUUAUGGUAAAAAAUAUUUUAAAGGAGUCAACUUUUGGUGGAGAAAUAAUUGCCAUUUUCGCAGUGGACAAAUAUAAGAAUAUGAAUUGUUAGUCUGGUAAUGACCUACAGUUAUUGAUUAUCUCUUUCAAAGCCAAAGUUCCAUCAAUAUGGCUAUACCUUUAAGGUCUGUUGGUCAUGUGCGUACAUUGAACAGGGGAAAAUAAUUAUUUGUCUUCAUAGCCAGUCUUUAAACAAAUUUCUAAUAGCUGUUUUUACAUUGUUGUAUUGUGUAUGCUAAGAUAAUGUAUAGUUACUUGUUCAUCCCAACUUGCAGCAUUAUCAUAUUUCUCAUAUUAUCAAGUUACCACACUGUGUUCAUAGGCAAGUCAACACCAUUAAUAUUGUUCCCAAUUUUGAAGGGAUAAAUGUAGAAGUAUAUGUAUCAUGCUAUGUGCAAGAAUUGAAUUAUUCCGGUAGGUGUUUUAAGUGUGGUUUUAAGGAGUUUGGAUAUUCAUGUAUGAAUGGAAACAUACCGCUCUUAUUUCAAUGAUACAUUCUAAAGAAAGAAAAUCUAUUAAGGGAUAUUUCUUUUCAAACAUACAACCUACGCCAGGACAAUUUAAAGAUAUUUUUUAACUUGUAAUUUAACAGCGAACAGAAGAAACCCCAACAGAGUUUCUUUAUUUUGCCUUCCUGUGAUGGGUUAUAUGUUGAAAUACUAGUAGUAAACUCAGAGCAGAUUGAUAGAGUAAGAAGGGUUGUUAAAUUAUUAUUUUGAAUACCGCAUAUUUCAGCUACAGAAAUGAUUGUUUUUGAUCUGCAUGCUAACUUAACAUAGUGCUGAGCCUCUGUCGAUUGUUUUAGCCGUAUUGACUGUUGAUCAUGAUGGCGAAUUGUGUAUAGUACAUGUAAAUGUAGAAACGUUUAAUAAUUGUAAAAUAACUCGUGUUCAACUGUGAUAAAUGGGAAGUCUAGCUCUAGACAUGCCCGGAAAAUAGAAAAAUAAAAAAGUACAAUUAA